UUACGCCUUUUGCCCCACCCGGUAGCACACAAGAUGGCGGCGCCCAGCGGAGUAGAGGCCGCGCCUGGGGUUUGCUGAGGCUCGUUCCCUUCCCCGCUGCUCCCUUGGGCGCGAAGCGCCGCGAGCCCAGAGGACGGGGGCCGGGCGGGGACAGAGGCACCUGCGUAGCUGGACCGCGAGCCCGCGCCCAGCCUGCGCCGCCCCCACCCGGCCCCGGCCUGGCCCGAUCCCUUCCGUUCCCGGUCUCCUCUCGGUCUGACCCAUUGCCUGGUCGUGGUAUGCCACCACCAGGCCUCCAAAGCUGAGGUUUCUCCUCCAGCCCGGGAUCACGUCCACUUUAGAGAUGUUUGGGCUAUUUCCUCCCAAAGAGCCCGCCUUUGGGGCUCCCGGACCGGCAUCUGGCCCCCUUUCCCUCCUUUGAGACUCCACUUCCUUCUAACCCACUUCUUCCUCAGAUUCUCCCUGUAUUGGAGACUGCUCACUUCCCUUCCAAAUUAAUCCCCGACCUCCUCCUUCCCCCAAAUAUUGACAGCCCUGACACCCCCCUCAACCGGGAGCCAGACUUCCUUUUGGACUAACCCCCAUAGCCCUAUCAUGGAGGCUGUGUACCUGGUAGUGAAUGGGGUGGGCCUGUUGCUGGAUGUGCUGACCUUGGUGUUGGACCUCAACUUCCUGCUGGUGUCCUCCCUCCUGGCUUCCCUGGCCUGGCUCCUGGCCUUCAUCUACAACCUGCCACAUACGGUACUGACUAGUCUUCUGCACUUGGGCCGUGGAGUCUUGCUGUCACUGCUGGCCUUCAUCGAAGCCGUGGUUCCCUUCACCUUUGGGGGCUUUCAGGCCUUGUGUACCGUACUAUACAGCUGCUGUUCUGGCCUGGAGAGCUUAAAGCUCCUGGGGCACCUGGCCUCCCACGGGGCGCUUAGGAGCCGGGAGAUCCUGCACCGGGGUGUCCUCAAUAUGGUCUCCAAUGGCCAUGCUUUGCUGCGCCAGGUCUGUGACAUCUGUGCCAUCACCAUGAGCCUGGUGGCCUAUGUGAUCAAUAGCCUGGUCAACAUCUGCCUCAUUGGCACUCAGAACCUCUUCUCCCUGGUGCUGGCCCUGUGGGAUGCAGUGAUGGGACCGCUGUGGAGGAUGACGGAUGUAGUGGCUGCUUUCCUAGCCCACAUUUCCAGCAGUGCUGUGGCCAUGUCCAUCCUCCUCUGGACCCCCUGCCAACUGGUACUGGAGCUCUUGGCCUCCGCUGCCCGCCUCCUGGCCAGCUUUGUGCUUGUCAAUGUCACUGGCCUGGUGCUGCUGGCUUGCGUGCUGGCAGUGACAGUGACUCUGUUGCACCCGGACCUCACCCUGAGGCUGGCCACCCAGGCGCUCAGUCAGCUCCAUGCCCGGCCAUCCUACCACCGGCUCAGAGAGGAUGUUGUGCGGCUCUCUCGCUUAGCACUGGGCUUGGAGACCUGGCGCCGAGUCUGGAGCCGUAGCCUGCAGCUGGCGAGCUGGCCUAACCGGGGAGGGGCCCCUGGGGCCCCCCAGGGUGGCCCUAGGAGGGUGCCCUCAGCCAGGACCUGGCGACAGGACGCUCUUCCUGAAGCUGGGCCCAGAUCAGAGGCAGAAGAAGAGGAGGUCAGGAUGGCCAGAGUGACAGCUGCCCGGGGCCGGGAGAGGCUCAAUGUGGAGGAGCCUGUAACUGGGCAAGACCCAUGGAAAUUGCUGAAGGAGCAAGAGGAGCGGAAGAAGUGCGUCAUCUGCCAGGACCAGAGCAAGACGGUGCUGCUUCUGCCUUGUCGGCACCUGUGCCUCUGCCAGGCCUGCACUGAGAUCCUGAUGCGCCACCCUGUCUACCACCGCAACUGCCCACUGUGCCGCCGGGGCAUCCUGCAGACCCUCAACGUCUACCUCUGAAGACUCCCUCCCCGCCUGCCCAUCCCUCCACGCUCCACACAGCCACCUGCGCUAGGACAGCAUUCCCACCUGAUCUCUGGGUCCCAGCCUGAAGCCCCUCCUGCCGCUAUGGCCGUCCUGCCGAGCCUCAGAGCCAUACGUCCAGGACAUGGAGAUGGGAAACUCUGGAAGACGGUGGCUUGGCUGGGGGCAGGGUAACAGCUUAUCCUUACCCAGUGGGUCCCAGUGAUGCCGAGGGUGGUGAGUGUGUCACUCUGCGAGGCCCUGAGACUGUUCUCUGUGGACUCCCCUCCACCUUGCCAGGGCCCACCCAGAUACCCGCGUGUGGGGCUCCCCCUCUCCGCUUCUGGUUGUUCUGUUGGGGAUUUGCAGGUUCUCUCCCUGCUCCCUUCCCACUUCCUCCCCCGCUUCUGCAGCCACACACAUCAGUGUCAUUUGGGUGUUGUGGCAACUCAAGGGCCUUGGAAUGAUCUUGAACAUUUGCUUUCAGCUGGAGCCCCUGUGCUCUGGCAGGCUUUGGGGGUAGUAUCUCUCAGGUGCCCUUAGAGCUCCUUCUACCAGUCAUGAUCUUACGAGGCUCCCUUGUGACCUGACCCAACAGCUGGGAUGAGAAUUAACCCCCAGGUGUGUGUGUGUUUGCACCUGGCUUUGGGACCAUGUGCCCUCUGACACCCCAGCACCACUGGGAACUGCAGGGGGGAUAGCCAGAUUUCUACUCCUAUCCCUUUCACUCCCCACAUCGCAGAGUGAGAAGGCAUUCCCCUUCUGUUCCUCUCUCCCUGGCAUCGGGGAGGGCAGACUGUGCACAUUUCACUAGGGUCCAAAUACAGAAGGGGCCAGGGCUGAGAGGCAUGCAGGUCCCUGAGGUGUCUGUCUGGCCCAGGAUCCAAUGAAUGAAGUUCUGUUACAGCUCUGACGGCCUCUGUGUGCAUCCUUGCAAGGGCGAGCCGUCGGUUAGGGUGACGGAUGCUGCAGCAGUGUCCUUCGGUCCUGCCGGAGUCACAAGUGUGGUUGGUGGGGGACCUGGCAGAGAGAUAAGAUAGGGUGCCUUGGGGAGAGCCCCUGCCAGGUGUGGCUGGCUUUGCUUUCACCCUGUCUGAUUUGUGCCCUCUCACGUGCACAGCUUUUGGAAAGCUCUCCUUAUCUUUUCUAUCUUUCCAGAAUUAGCCCUAGGAGAGAGGAGUGUGAACUUGCUCACCCUUUGGGUCAGCCCUCCCAGCUUUUCCUCUGGUGCCACUCUUCCCAGGAGGGAACUUGGGGUUCCUACUGCCUGGAGUCCAACCUGCCCUCAGAUCCCUGGAGGAGUUGGUGCUUGUCGUUGUGACUCUUGGCAUAGAAUGGCGCUGUGAUGGGCUGGAGUAUGGCUGUGGGGCCUCCUGGUGGACAGCUGGGAGGCCUGUCUCUAGCUCACUGGGUCCAGUCGCCAUUGGUCAUAUCCAUCCUCACAUGACCUGCAAGAGAGGGGGGGACACUACCCCAUAAUUGUAUGUUAAAUCUAGGAGCGUGAUGCCAGGG